AUGAAAGAGGUGCUCAAAGGGGACAGCGCUGCUCAAGAGGGGGCAGGGGUGCUCAGGGGAGGGACAGUGGUGUUCAAGGGGGGACAGGGCUGCUCAGGGGGGGACAGGGGUGCUCAAGGGGGGACAGAAGUGCUCUGGGGGGGACAGGGGUGCUCAAGGGGGGGACAGACGUGUUCAGGGGGGGACAGGGGUGCUCAAGCGGAGACAGAAGCGCUCAGGGGGUGGGAGGGAUGCUCAAGGGGGAAGAGGGGUGCGUCGAUCAGCUGGGCAAAGUUCAGAUGGGACCGCAAGGACCCACUGGAGAGACUGGUCCUGUCGGUGAAAGAGGCCACCCUGGACCUCCUGGACCACCCGGAGAACAAGGUCUACCAGGGGCUGGAGGCAAAGAAGGAGCAAAGCCACGACUCCGUGAAGCUGAUCAAGUUCGCGGACGACACCACCCUCAUUGGACUCAUCUCCAACAACGAUGAGUCCGCCUACAGGAGGGAGGUGGACCGGCUGGUGUCCUGGUGCAGUGGUAACAACCUGGAGCUGAACGCCCAGAAGACAGUGGAGAUGAUUGUGGACUUCAGGAAGAGCACUGUCCCCCCGCCCCCACCCUCCGUGAUGGACUCCCCCAUCACCUCUGUGGAGUCCUUCCGUUUCCUGGGCACCACCAUCACCCAGGACCUCAAGUGGGAGCCGACCAUCAGCUCCCUCAUCAAGAAGGCCCAGCAGAGGAUGUACUUCCUGCGGCAGCUCAGGAAAGCCAAGCUGCCUGCACAGAUGUUGGUGCAGUUCUACACGGCCAUCAUCGAGUCCAUCCUCACCUCCUCCAUCACCGUGUGGUUCGCUGGAGCCACAGUCAGGGACAAACAGAGACUACAGCGCAUUGUGCGCUCUGCAGAGGAAGUGAUCGGCCGCAGCCUUCCAUCGCUGCAGGACCUUCUUGGCACUUGA